AUGAUUCUUUUUGCAUUGAUCUUUAUUUCAUUGUGUACAGCAAAGGAUACGCUAUCUGUAGAGCUACAGUUUGCUGCCUUUGAGAAAAAGUUCGGAAAAACGUAUGUGGGAGAGGAAGAACGUCGCUUUCGCAUGUCCGUGUUUUCCAACAAUUUAAAAAUAGUCGAUUACUAUAAUUCAAAGCAAAGCUCCUUUGUGUUGGGGAUUACUCCUUUCAUUGAUUUAUCGAACGAUGAAUUUCGCGAGCGAUUUGCCUCAAACACUGCAUUUGAAAAAAAAGCUAAAAGUGUCGAAUCGAGUUCAUCACAGCAAACAUCACAGGAUUACAGCUCUCUUCCUCGUAGCAUUGACUGGAGGGCAAAGAAUACAGUCUCCUCUGUCAAAGACCAGAAGAACUGUGGAGCAUGUUGGGCGUUUGCUGCAGUUGCCUCGAUCGAAGGUGUUUACGCACAAAAAACAGGCAAAAUCUUGGACUUUUCUCCUCAACAACUUGUGGACUGUGAUUACAGUAGUUUAGGCUGUAGUGGAGGCUUAAUGACAUACGCUUACGAAUAUGUUAUGAACAAUGGCAUUUCUCUGGAGUCUGACUAUCCUUACAAGGCUUCACAAGGGAGUUGCAAGAAGGUUGACUUUGUAACGAGUAUUAUGGGUUAUUACGAGGUUCCAGUAGGAAGUACGUAUGAAUUACUAAAGGCUACAACGAAGAAUCCUGUUUCUGUAGCAAUCGGAGCAGACUCUAUUUUCUUUCAACUCUAUACCAGCGGAAUUCUUGCAGAGGAGCUUUGCGGAACCACAUUAAACCACGGUGUGUUGCUGGUAGGUUAUGAACUCGAUACAGCAACUCCGUUUUUGAUUGUGAAGAACAGUUGGGGAGCUAGUUGGGGAGAAAAAGGAUAUAUUCGUUUGGCACUAUCCGAUAGUUAUGCAGGAACGUGUGGAAUCAAUCUCAUGGCUUCCUAUCCAUUUCUUAGUCUAUAAAUUGAAAUUGUUGUAUAAUUCAUCGAGACGAGAA